AUGAUUGCUAUCAAAGACCUUGACAUGGUGGGAGCACUGCUGUCAAAGACCUUUUGUGGAGAGAGGGAACCAAGAGGGGCCUAUAUUUCUCGAGGAGAUUCAUUGACUUUCAGAUCCAAAUCAAACUUUUACAAAACAGAUGAUGGAUUCAAUCUGCUUCUGACACCAUUCCAAAAAGGAACAUGCACAAGCUCUGAAUAUCGCUGUAAUGCUGGGCAGUGUAUAAACAGUAGAAAGAAAUGUGACGGUUACCGACAGUGCGGAGAGUAUGCAGACGAGUGCAAGAUCACCAGAACCACCUCCUGGAUUGCUGGCGUAGUUGUGGGUGUCAUUGCAGUUAUAGCUGUAAUCGGCAUAGCUGUUUUCUGCAUCAGGAGACACUUUAUUAAUCGCCGGAGUUCUGGGGGCGUGGUCAAGUACUCUUCUCCACCACAGCAGGUAACAUCAGUACCUACAUACCAACAACCAGGGGUGAAUACGCCCUACCCACAGCCGGUGGUGAACCCUCCCUACCAACAGCCGGGCACCGCUCCUGGGUAUUACCCCCAGGGGCCAGCACCACCUCCCCAAGGCUACCCCCCACAGAAUACCGCUUACCCACCACCCUAUCCUGAGCAACAACAGCCUGGUUACCCUCCAGCUACAAAUCCCUAUCCCUAUGGAGCCCCUACUGCGCAAUAAUGAAGUUGUAGUUUUUGAGGUCUCUGUUGAUAGACAUCUCGGAUGUCUUAAAGUCUUUUGUUUUUAGAUGUUCAUUGGUUAUAUGAAGAAAAAAGAUCUGAUUUAUUCUUGCCUGUUUAGCCUGCUGAAGAGAACUAUAUCUUUGUGAUCUUUUUGAAUCAAUUUGAUUGGUUCAUGAUUAUUUUUGCACGGGGGAGUUUAUAUAAUGUUUUUGUUACACGGCUUGUGUAAGCCUCUCUCUGUAUGUGAGCCCUCAAACACAUGCAAUAUUUGUCUGAAUUCAAUAUAGGAUGUCAUUAUUCAAAUUCAUUUAGUGAUGUAUUACAGCAAUGUGUUUCUAUUCACUGAUAUCUUUUCAAGCAUUUCCAAAAAUUGAUAGAGAUAUUAGAAAUAGAUUUUAUGGACUACAUCAUAAUACAGAGUACAGUCUAAAGUGUAGUCUGAUUGUGGUCAAGAGUGGCUUAUAGUUGUCACCGAUCACAUGGCUUACUUUGAAUGGUUCUAAAUGGUUGUUUAUUUUAUGAUAACUAUUGAUAUUCAUCAGAGUUGAUCAUUUACAAUGAAUGAUUUGAUGAGGACAUUGAUGGUAGACACAUUAUCUCCAUCUGUUUGUCCAUAAGCCCAGUAAUCAAGGUCAGGAAAAGCUGGUAUUAUAAUGGAAAAUAAGGAUCCUAUUACCAGUCUUGUUUGAGAAUGACCCAGGAAGUGUGAUGUAUGAUUAACCCAGAGAGUGUGGAUAUGAUUGACCCAGGGAAUAUGAAUAUGAUUAACCCAGGGAAUGUGAAUAUGAUUAAUCCAGGGGAAUAUGAAUAAGAUUAAUCCAGGGAGUGUGAAUAUGAUUGCAAUGUUUACAGAAAGGGAAUUUUAGAAAACCCACCAUGUUGAUUUUUGUUGUUGAUAUUGUUGAAUAUGACUGCAGUUGGUUUUCUAAAUUAAGUGAGUAUCAAAGAUCUUCACUCGGCAGAUAUCGGUGAUUGUCAGAUAUAAAUUAUCUCCCUUCAGGCAGUUCCACACAAAAUAUUGGUGAUUGUCAGAUGUAAAUUGUCUCCACACAAAGCAUGAUCAGGAGGAAAACAGCAUACAUCCAGUAUUUACGUCGGUGGACACUCAAUAGCUCACAGAAAUUUAUUUCAAAAAUUAGUAUUUAUAUACAAAUCAUUCUUGAUAUGAUUCUCACACAAAUUAUCAGAGUAUGUACAUCAAAACAGGAGAUGAUUGACAGGUACUCUUAGUUAGUUUUGGGUUAUUUAUGAUAUUUAAUCUAUCGUAUAACUGCAGGUGUGAUGUUCAGUGUCAGAUAACACAUUGAGAUUACGUUCAGAUUGUUUCAUUCAAAAGUUUUCAACGAAGAAAAGUGAACUAAAGAAUAAAUAGUGUAUUGUAUCCAUGCUGUGAUUCCAAAGAAAACCUCCCAUUCUAUUCCGUUUCUUCCUUUUACAGGAAUGGCUUUAGAAUCAUCACAACAUGUUCUGAUACAAGUCGUAUAAGUUGCACAUCUGCAAUGAAUAUUGAUGCUUUGGAAACUUAUGUUAUGUAUUUAUACAGCGAAAAUUGAUUGUCUUUCAUCUUUGCAAGUAGCCGAGUGUGUUGUGAUAAAUAUGUGUAUAAGAAAACAUUUUGAUUUCCGUUUCACUGUGUUCACUUGUGAGAUGUUUACAUAUACAUGUUUUGUAUUGACUGACAUUUUAUACUAGGCAUGUUUAAUUUUAAUGUGUUGCUUUUUUUGUUGUUAAAGGGUAUAUUGAAAUGGUGAAAGUUGAAUCAAAAACUAUAUAUAGAUAUGUUGGUCAUCAAAAACUAUAUAUAGAUAUGUUGGUCAUCAAAAACUAUAUAUAGAUAUGUUGGUCAUCAAAAACUAUAUAUAGAUAUGUUCCUGUAGUACUACAGCUUUCCGUGUUAUUGCGCCCUGUAAUUCUAGUUGUUAUAAUAUGAUGAUAUAUUCUGUUUAUUACAUGUACUUUGACAUUGAAUUUGUUGUAAUAACAUUGUCAGUAAUAGUAAAAGCAUAGUUAAAAUUUAAGAUUUAUAAUUUCCACUGACAGUUUGAUAGUACCUGUACAUUUAUAUUCAGUAGAUAUUUUUAAUUAUUUCUGUGCUUCUUUAAAUGUUGACUCCCACCCCCAUUUAUAGAUUACCUUGUGUAAGUACGUGGCUUUUUCUACAAUUUACGUUUUCUUUAUUCCUCUAUAAUGUUUGGAUUCAAAUCCACUUGCAGGUUGUGUGUUUUUUAAACUUUGAGAAUUGUCAGAAUUAUAUUUGAUAUUUUGAAGGUUUGUUUUAUAGGAUGAAUAUAUUGAUGGAUUCAGAUUGGGAAAGCUUAUACACAACUUUUAUCUGAUUUGUCAUAAACAAAAACAAUGUUUGCAUUUGAAUCUUUGAGCAGUGAUUCACUUUAAUUACGUGUAUUUAUGUACCACCAUUAAUCAGAAGUUUGAAAUGUCUUGUUUAACUACCGGUGAGUAGCCAUGAUAGGAAUUGUAUCCUAUAAACAAUUGGUCUUGUUACACUACCUGUCAGUUCUAAAGGUUGAUAUAAGGAUAAUAUAUACAGUUUGGAUUGGUUGAAAAUUUUCUUCAAUAAACAUUUUUCUAAAUCUACUCCCCCCCCCCCCUCCCCAAUAUAUUACAGGUAAGAAGGUUCCUAGAAAUUAAGUUGAUGAUGUAUCUCCUUAAAAGAGGAGACAAAGCAUGGUGAACAACCCCACCUUUGCUUCUACAAAACUGAAAUUUUAAAAUUUUCCAGGACAAGACUUUUAAGGAACAAAUCAAAAAGCAACAGAAAUACUGAUGUCACUGACAUAGUCCACUUUUUUAUUUGGUACAUUUAGUUUCUAUUGUGUUUCCCCUAGGGAAUGUAUAAACCCUGGGGGAAUACACUCACUAGAUAGGGAAACUGUGAAAGACUGAUGGGAAUUUCUCUAAAUUUAUGAAACUAUCUGUCAUUUUUAUCUGAAAUAUUGCAAAUAAUAAUAUAUGUUAAAUGUAUUUGUUUUGUAUUGUUAAAAAAUGUUUGGGCUACAAAAAUGUUCUAAGGAAUCAAUAUUCCGAGGAAGUGAAUGUUGUAACCCUUUGGCAAAGUAAAUGAAAUCGAACUUUCUUGUAUCUUUUCAACACAUGCUGUGGAGCUAAUUAAUGUAAAUGUAUUGUGGUACAAUACCUAAUGUGAAUGUAUUGUGGUACAACACCUAAUGUAAAUGUAUUGUGGUACAACACAUGCUAAUGUAAAUGUAUUGUGGUACAACACAUGUUAAUGUAGAUGCAUUGUGGUACUCUGGAAGAUGUUGUCAGUGUAUUCAUAAAGUUUAGUUAUUUUGUUGUUAUACAUGAAUCUUUGUGUUUUUCAGUGUAUGUGUUUAUUAUGGCCUCCGCAAACAAAGUUAUGGCAGGGUACAUAUUGUAUAUUGUACACAGCAUGCCUAUCUGUCUGUAGAGAGUUUUCUUAAAUCUCAUACACUCUUUCUCCACCAUAUAAAGAUGCAUAACUGAUAUUUUUAUCAUAAUUGGAGAUUUCUGCAUUUUACUUGUGUUUGACUGUUAAUGUUAACAUUGUGAACUCAUUCCAGAGGUAUAGAGAAUACUCAAUAUCGUAGAUCUGUAUCAAAACAAAGCCAUCACACAUUUCCCCUAAGUGUAGCAGGUCUGGCAUUUGUAUACACUGUACUUCGCGUUGUUUGUUAGUGAUGUGGUAGCAAUUUAAUCUUCUCUGGAAAAAAAACCCAGGGGUGGGGGUAGUAUUUGGAUAGCACUAGUGUGAUUUAAACAUGUCUGCCAUCACGAGGUGUUUGUUGUGAUUUGUUGUACAUUUCCUACUUUUAAAAAUGUUCUUCAUCAUAAACCACUGGAAUCAACAUUUUUUGUCUUUCAUGAAGUAAAAAUUUAGACUUCUCUAUCCAACAAACAUAGUUCUGUAGAAUGUAGGCUAAAACAAUAUUGGUGAAUAGUCAUCUAGUACGUUUAGUGUCUUUAGAAAAUGUGUACUGAAGCAUUUUGACCAUUUAAGAUGAUAGUCAUUACAAAAUAUAUGUUGCUAUAUUAUAGCUAGGGGAGGGGCAAAUAUUAUCGUAUUUAUUUUUGGGUGAAAUGUUUUUGUAGCAUAAUUAGGCUAACCCAGAUUAAAGGGGGAGGGGCAAAGAUUAACGUAUUUAUAUUUGAGUGAAAUGUUUUUAGCAUAAUUAGGCUAACCCAGAUUAAAGGGGGAGUGGCAAAGAUUAUCAUAUUUAUAUUAAUUUGGGUGAAUUUUUUUAGCAUAAUUAGGCUAACCUAUUAAUUGCUUAUAUCUACUCUAUCAGACAUCACCAGUCAUUUCUCACCUGACAAAUACAGUGUUUACCAUGUGCAUCCAGGUGAGCAGUUCAGGCUCUUGGAAGCCUCUUGUUGGAUUACAUUAAGUUGAAUUAUUUGAUUAUAUUCUUUAGCAUGCUUUUUACUCAAUAAACUUUUUAAUUCAA